CGUGUUUAUAGAAUUCAAGAUGGCAGUCGUUAUAGAUGGUAGCGGCGAUGCCAGAAUGCGAGAAUACUCAAAUUUGGCUGCAGAUCUUGAACAACAGGAGCUAGAAGCUGCAGAUGGUGUUGCCAGUCCACAAGUCUAUGGACAGUUGCUAGCAAUAUAUAUUCUUCAAGAUGACCUUCCUAAUGCAAAGUUUCUCUGGAAGAGAAUUCCCCAGUCAAUAAAGCAGACACGUUCUGAGCUGGGCAAUAUCUGGAAAGUGGGGCAGGGGCUAUGGUACAAGGACUUCCCAGCAAUCUACACUGGAUUAGCUCAAGAAUGGCCAGACUACAUCAGGCCUGUGAUGUUGGAUCUAGGAGAGCGCACAAGACAACGUGCCCUAAACCUUGUUGCAAAAGCCUAUUCGUCAAUUUCUCUUGAUGAUGUUGCAUCAUUCCUUGGUGUGUCUAGGACACAAGUUUCAGAUGUGGUAACUCCACUUGGUUGGACUGUUGAUAUGGUCACGGGAAUGGCUACACCGAAGUAUUCAGUUGUACGACAAGAGGAGUUCACGCCAAGCGAAGAGCAGUUAGCGAAGCUAACAGAUUUUGUAGCCUUCUUGGAGAAUUGAUAAAAUUCUUCAUUUUUUA